AUGUCUGCGAUUGAAGUCAACUCCAAAUUGAGCAUAAUCGAUGGGUUCUUGUAUGAUAAAGAGCUGAAACAAGUUAUCGAUCCGGAAUCUAAACGGUCUUUGGACGACCUUGGCUUCAGAUCGCUAUUCCAGAAGUACUCUAACAAAGUACUUUGCAUCCAUGAUGCCUUUGACAACCUUGACGAGGUCUAUAUUGUAUCAUGUUCAUCAUUAUUCAAAGAGAUUUCUAAUAAAGUUGUUAGAUUUGUCUAUUCGAUCAAUACAUUUGAACACAUGUCUACGGAUAGGAAACCAUUGACUAAGAACAGUGAAGAGGUACCCUUGAUUCCUGUAUAUGAUGGGGGAAGAGUUUUUUACAUCUGGAAUAAGGACAAAAGAGAAGAUGUCAGUGGAUUUGACACGUCUUCUUUUCCCUCGUUUCUUCCAUACGUGGAUAUACCGGUACAUUCUGUGCAAGACGAGGAGAUUCACUCAAAAAGACGUCGUAUUUCCAUCACAACGGAUCGUCAUGACACCAAAAUUUUUGAUGAUACGGUAGAUCUCGAUGAGCUUGUGAUGAAAGAGUCUGAACGUACCGAUAGUUGUGAGAGAUUCCACGAGAAAUGGCAAUACGUUCAGGUGACAAUUCUUAAAUAUCAGUCACUCAUCGAUCUCGUCGACUAUCUACAGAGAAUUCUCACUCAUUCCUAUCCUUAUAUAAACUAUCCUCAAUAUCAGGUUCUCAACUUGAUUUUGACUGCAACGACUACAAAUGAGAACUCUAUUCUUGAAGAAGGGCUUCUCAAAUCCACUUUUAAAGAAGCUGGUGCGAUUCCAUUGAGUAAUAGAGCUUCUAACUACCUUCAGGAUUUGCUUGAUGUGGCACAGAAGCCAAUGAAUUGGCUUGAUGAAGAAGAUACUGAUACCGCCAUGACUUUUGCACACGAGCUAAAGAAUCUUAGGGAACUUCUUUUCCAAACGUUUGGCUUUCUAUCACUGGAGAAUACCAGACCAGGCCGCAGAAACGCUUCCGAACGUGGCAGUCGUGUUUCCUCUUCUGCAGACGAGCAGUUUUCAAGGAGUGAUAGUGAUACUGCUUUUCAAAACGGAUUGAAAAACCUUCAAUUCUUCAGUGAAAUGGAAUGGCUUUCUCGGACGGACCUAUUCGGAAAUACCAAUUUCGAUGAGCUCGGUAGGGAUCCAUGGGAUUACUUUCUUUGGGGGUUCAAAUGUGCAAUUAAAGGUCUCACCAAACAUGAUGAUAUAUCCAGAUUAACCUGGAAUAUCUGGAAGAACGUUCUCUACUUGAUACUUCAGUAUUACCAACUAGAGUGGAAACAACUGGAUGGUGAUGGGUGUGCCGAAUACUCGUUGGCCGAGUUGAACAAGUUGGAUUCUAGAUUCUUUGCAAACGUUCUCAGCCUUGGUAGAGGUGAGCUCGAUGAUGGAUUUUACGAAUUGGUGAAGUUGGCCCUGAUAGAGUCGCUAGAUUCACUUGAAAAGAUUAAACCAAUUAUGGAAAGUGACCUCAUAUUAAGAGAUACGUUUAAGUAUGUACCGGAUUUAUUGGAUCCAGAAGAGGAGGAAUCUGCUCUUGGAUUAGAAUCAAUACCGUUAAGAAGGAAGCUUAUUCUCUUGGGUUAUGAUUACAUUACUCUCAUGACACCCACUGCUCAAUUAAAACAUAGACACAAGUACCUUCAAGAAGUUUGCAAUUGCCUUUUGAAGAUUCCUACUUCUGACUUUAGGCACUUUUUUAUUGUGAUGGGAAACUACUCUUCCGCAGACGAAGCAUUCCUUUCUAAAAUUGCUCUGAAAAUUACAUAUAUCUUGAUUGACAUUAAUGUAUCUAAGUAUAGGUGCUUGGAGGAAGCUAUAGAUGCCAUUAUUAGUUUGGAUAUAGACCCUGCAGAAAAUGAACGGGUCUCAAUUCUUCUAAAGUUUCUUCUGGGACUAGACAAGAAACUAGCACACUCGGACUGUGCCGAAAGGAUCCAAGCUUCAGGCUGGAAACUCGAAGAUACCAUUCUCUCGAAGGAGGAAGAGGGGGAAGUACACGAAAUCUAUGUGAUAGAAUAA